AUGGACAUGGGCGGGGGUGUGGCCGGCGCCACAACGCUCACCUCCAGCGAGCAUUCCCUAGAGAAAAAUGGGAGGCUUGCGGAUCCGAAAAUCUGGCCACCAUCCAAACGCACGCCAACGCCUACAAUCAACGCCGAAAUUUUGAAUAAGCAUUUGUGCAAUUGGCCUUCAUUGACUCGUGUCUAUGGGAGGGCGCACGCUUCUGGAUUUGGGAGGGCAGCGGGGCGGCGGCGUUCGGCGUCCGGGGCAUAUCCGCCGACGUCGACUCCAACAGGUGGCUUUGCUCCUGAACCUCCCUUCCUCGCAGGUCCCAGCCUCCCAGGCUCAUUCCCUCUCUUGGCCGACCCCCGAGCCGCCGGACCCCGCUGUUCGCCGGCGGCAGUAGAGAAGCGCCCGAGCUUCCUCCCAGCGAAGCGGCGCCACUUCCACUGUUCCAAGCUUGGAGCGGAGAGCAUUCAGGAGAUCCAUCCAAGCCGAUUCCUUCUGCUGUGUCCAGAACUACGGAUGAGUUCGAAGAAGGUUCCGUUCAACCGUCAUAAGGAGAAUGAGGAGGCGAGGAAGAAGAGGGAGGAAGAUGAAGCGGCGCGCGUCUAUGCGGAGUUUGUUGAGUCAUUCAAGGGUGAAAGCACAUCUGGAUCGAAGUUUGUCCGUGGGGGCGUGAUUGAUCCCAAUGCCAAGCUGAGAGCUGAUUCUGAAGUUUCAGUAUCAAUCAUGAUGGAUCUAUGCACUAUUUCUUUUAUUGCUCCAAUUAAUCAAGAGGCCGCCAUUUUUACUCGUUCGACAAUGACAGGUGGAAAGUCGAAAGAUGGGUGGUCUGUUCCAAAGAAGGGCAGUAGGUAUGUUCCAUCUUUUUUGCCGCCAUCAUUUGGGAAAGAGCCAGACAAAAAGAAGGAAGAUGAGCGGCCGAAGGAAAAGGAAAAAGGAAAGCCACGGGCAAUAGAUAAGUUCAUGGAGGAACUCAAGUUUGAGCAAGAGCUUCGGGAAAGGCGUAAUCAAGAACGUGACGGUCGACACGGUGACACCUCCACGUCCUCUAGCCAUUUUGAUGAACUACCAGAUGAAUUUGACCCCAGUGGGAGAAUACCAGGGUCAUUUGAUGAUGGGGAUCCACAAACCACAAACUUAUAUGUUGGCAAUCUCUCUCCUCAGGUGGAUGAGAAUUUUCUUUUGAGGACAUUUGGUCGGUUUGGACCUAUCGCUAGCGUCAAGAUUAUGUGGCCUCGAACAGAAGAAGAACGCAGAAGGCAAAGAAACUGUGGGUUUGUUGCAUUCAUGAAUAGAGCAGAAGGACAGGCAGCCAAGGAUGAAAUGCAAGUUACUAAAUUACUUAACGCAGGUGUUAUUGUAUACGACUAUGAGCUGAAGAUUGGGUGGGGCAAAUCUGUUGCUCUUCCAUCACAAGCACUGCCUGCUCCUCCUCCAGGACAUAUGGCAAUCAGAAACAAGGAGGGUGGUACUGUAAUCAUAUCUGGUCCUGGAGGUCCACCUGUUGCAUCAGUUACACGGCAAACCUCAGAGCUGGUCCUUACUCCAAAUGUUCCUGAUAUAGUAGUUGCUCCACCAGAUGAUUCACAUCUUAGGCAUGUGAUUGACACGAUGGCUCUGCAUGUACUUGAUGGUGGAUGUGCUUUCGAACAAGCUAUAAUGGAAAGAGGACGAGGGAAUUCUUUAUUUAACUUCUUGUUUGAUCUUAAAUCGCAAGAGCACACAUACUAUGUCUGGCGGUUAUACUCCUUUGCUCAGGGCGAUACUUUACAACGAUGGCGAACCGAACCAUUUAUCAUGAUUACUGGAAGUGCAAGAUGGGUUCCACCUGCUUUGCCAUCCAGCCGAAGUCCUAAUCAUGAAAAAGAAUCUACUUUUGCAGCUGGUAGAAGCAGGCGUGCGGAAGUGGAGCGUACACUGACUGAUUCACAGCGUGAUGAAUUUGAGGACAUGCUACGCGCAUUGACAUUAGAGAGGAGUCAGAUAAAGGAAGCAAUGGGAUUUGCGUUAGAUAAUGCUGAUGCUGCUGGAGAGCUUAAAAUUAUGAAUUCAUUCUGGUUGAUUGAUUCUAUUUCAUGCGUCCUGCUAUUUUUCCUUAAUGUCUCAGUUACUCUACGUGAAACAUUCUACAGCUUGCAACAAUUCCCAAGAUCAGUGAAUAGCUUGAUCAUUAUUGUCGAGGUUCUUGCAGAAUCUUUGACACUUAAGGAGACAUCUAUUCCCACCAAGGUUGCAAGGCUUAUGCUAGUGUCCGACAUCCUUCAUAACAGUAGUGCUCCCGUGAAGAAUGCUUCUGCGUUUCGAACCAAGUUUGAGGCUGCUAUACCUGAUGUCAUGGAGAGCUUCAAUGACUUGUAUCGCAGUAUUACAGGAAGGAUUACUGCUGAAGCUCUGAAGGAGAGGGUUUUGAAAGUUCUACAAGUAUGGGCAGACUGGUUUCUGUUUUCUGAUGCAUAUCUGAAUGGGCUGAAAGCUACCUUUCUUAGACCAGGCAACUCUGGGGUCACCCCUUUCCACUCUCUAUGUGGUGAUGCACCUGAAAUUGAAAAGAAAACUAGCUCCGAGGAUGGUACUAAUGGAUUUAGGCUUGAUGAAGAUGGUGCCCUGGCCACAGGAAAGGCAGCAGCAACGAAGGAGCUGUUAGGGCUUCCGCUUGCUGAGCUUGAACGUCGUUGUAGACAUAAUGGCCUCUCGCUAUGUGGUGGUAAAGAGAUGAUGGUUGCCAGGUUGCUCAGCCUAGAGGAGGCUGAGAAGGAGCGAGUAUAUCAGAAAGAUGUCGACAUGAAAUAUGGACAAGGAGAACCUCAUAGAACUGGGAGAGAGGAUAUUGGUUUGAAUGCGCGUAGUGCUUCGAGACCUGGAGAAGCUUCUAAAUGGAAUCGAGAGGAUGAUGGCAGCAGCGAUGAAGAUAGAAAAGAUGGUCAAGGAUUGGGAUUGAGCUAUUCAUCUGGAAGUGAUAUUGCUGGUGAUCCUGGGAAAGCUGAUGCAACAGAAAUUAGUACUGAUCACACAAUUCAUCAUCCAGAUACAAUUGUUGAUGAAGAGCAUAGGCAGAAGCUGAGGCAGAUUGAGAUUGGUGUCAUGCAGUAUCGUGAAUCUCUUGAGGAGAAGGGUUUGUGGAACAUGGAGGAGCUUGAGAGGAAGAGAGAAUACCAUUGGACCGGAAAGAAAGGUAUGAUGAUGCACGCAAUUCUUCCAAGAAGCGGCCUCACAGCCCAAGUAAGAGCCGUAGUCCUUCAAAGAAAUCAUCACUGGAUAGAGACCGAGAGCACAAUCGCAGCAGAGACAGAUUGCAUGGUAAUGAUGUUGGGAGAGACAGAGCACGCGAAAAAAGUUCAGGCCGAGAGAAGGAUGAUCACCAUGAUAGAAGCAGAGAAAGAGAAAAGGACAGGAGAAAGGGGAGGUGACUGA